UCGAAACAUAUGGACCACAAAUUAGCUAUGGCCGUAGGCGGCGGUGGCGGCGUAGGCACCAACUUUGAGUAGUGACCCUAAUGUCACACCAGCUUCCUCUUCCCCCUGCCGACCGCCAGACUUCGUACGCAACCCUGGCCGUCACCGAUGGAACAGUCAUCGUCACUUAGCAGAUACCACGCGUCACCAAGAUCCCGCAUACUACAGUAUCUCUCUGAACGGGCAUCCAGAUACAGUAUUAAUCUCGACGGUGAAAUACGUCGCACCUGGGAGGGGGGUGUCCUGCGUGGCGGUAGUGCCACUAUAUACCACGGUACUUUGCUUCGAGACGGUACCCAAGUGGCAAUCAAAGCCUUUCGUUACACGCUGUCGGAGAGCGAGGCUGAAUUGAAGCGUCUAUUUCGUGAGGUGCAUACAUGGUCCAAGCUGCAUCACGAGAACAUUGUUCGUAUGCUCGGGAUCUCUACAGAAUUUGAUUCCACACUUUCGAUAAUAUCUGAAUGGAUGCCAUUGGGGAACGCACACUCUUAUGUCCAAAAUACAGAGAAUGAUCCGCGGCCGCUUCUUGAAGACAUCGCAAGUGGCCUCUACUAUCUUCAUCAUCAUGAGCUGGGUCCAAUAGUUCAUGGAAAUCUAAAUGGUUCAAAUGUACUGAUAUCUAGCGAUCGCCGGGCAUUACUGACCGACUUUGGCGCUUCUACGCUACACUCAUCUACCUUCAGCAUGUCCGUCGAUGCUAUCCAACAAAUCUCGUUCCGUUGGGCGGCCCCGGAGGUUCUAAAUGACUGUCCUGCGUCAAUGGAAGCCGAAGUGUGGGCAUUUGGAAUGACGGCUCUGGAGUUGUUCACUCGAGCGAUACCUUUCCACGGUUGUGGUAGUAUAAAACAUGUGAUCGACAUGUUAUUCGCGGGGAGGCUACCGCCUCGCCCUUCCGAGGAGUCAACGCAAUUCCGCCUGACAGAUGAAUGGUGGAGCAUUUGCACAUCAUGCUGGGGACGUGAUCCUUCAUCGCGCCCCACAAUGCAGGAUAUCAUAGAGAAAGUUAGGUUUGCUAUUUACCCAGCUGGGGCGAUCUUGAUGUCGCAGCGACCCUCCGUUGAGCAGGAUUGUUACCUACCGGAUGUCCCACAUCAACAACAAACAAUGGAACUAUCCCCCAUGUUGCGCAGGCUCUCUGAACAGGCAUCCCGAUACAGUAUUAAUCUCGACGGUCGAAUCAGUCGUAACUUGGGAUCGAGUCCUCUGCGCGGCGGUACCGCCGUCGUAUACCAAGGUACUUUGAUUCCCUACGACACCAGAGUGGCGAUCAAAGCCUUUCGUUGCACGCUAUUGGGCAGCGAGGCUGACUUGAAGCGUAUCUUUCGAGAGGUACACCUGUGGUCGAAGCUGUGUCACGAGAAUGUUGUUCCCAUGCUCGGGAUCUCUACAGAAUUUGACUCCACUUUUUCGAUAAUAUCUGAAUGGAUGUCAUUGGGAAACUCACACGCAUAUGUCCAAAACACAGAACAUGAUCCGCGGCCGCUUCUCAAAGACAUCGCAACAGGAUUGCAAUAUCUUCACAGUCAUAAGUUGGGUUCAGUAGUUCAUGGAGAUCUGAAGGGUUUCAAUGUGCUCGUGUCCGAUGAACGCCGGGCGCUACUGAGCGACUUCGGUUGUUCAACCCUAGAUGUCUCUAAUUUCAACAUGGCUGUCGAUGGCUUCCGUUGGGGCUCGUGCCAUUGGAUGGCGCCUGAGCUUUUGGGUGACUGCCCCGCAUCAAAGGAAAGUGACGUGUGGGCAUUUGGGAUGACGGCUCUGGAGUUGUUCACUCGAGCAGUACCUUUCCCCGAUUGCCAUAAUGAAACAAAUGUACUCGGUAGGCUGGUAAGGCGGGAACUGCCACCUCGGCCCGCUGAGGAGUCAACGCAAUUCCGCCUGACAGAUGCAUGGUGGGACAUUUGCACAUCAUGCUGGAGAAGCGACCCUUCAUCACGUCCCACAAUGAGGGAUAUCAUAGAGGGAGUCGAGGCUGCCAUUUGUCAAGCUGGUCCCUCCUUAACACCCCCUGAAGUUUCCGCUUCUGCGUGUCCAAUCUCAAAAGAGGCAGAGAGCCAUCAGGAACCACAGAACCACGAGGUUGCGAGAAGUGAUAUUUGGACAGGCCAAGCGUCAGAAAGCAUCGACUUGAUGAAGACUACCUCGGAAUCCCCAGCUUGCGCUACUGACACUAAUAUGUCCCCUCUCAGCACUGAGUUUGACAUGUGCACACCAUUUGCCCUGGCCACAGCCGAUGAGAGCAAUUUGGUUAGUUUGGAGCCAAAUAAUGCCGAGGACGAAUCUUCGCCAAUAAGUUCCGAGAAGACCUCUCGACCAGCAGGGUCGCCACCGUACUUUAAGAGUCAGAUGUCGCAAUCAAGUUCGACAUCGGAGGUCGUAUCCCGAGGAGCUGAUAUAUCGGAGACAAAUGCAAAGAGCAUGAUAGUUGGAUCAAUGGGACCGACAGGCCCUGAGGAAAGUUCGUUCAUGGGCAGGAGCAAGGGGAUAACGUACGAGGGCGUGACUCAAGCAGAGAGCAGAGGAACAGAUGAGGAGACCGCAAAAGACCUCCAGAGUGAGUAUCCCGAAGUGAAGGAUCGAUUAGAGUCUGCUUUAUUUGAGGGGCCAGCGUCAAAGAUGUCGCUCAAACAUCAUGUCAGUAGACGCAUGCAGGCAGUACGGAAAUCAUUCCAACGCCGACAGGUACAACUACCUUGAGGUCAUCUCCCGUAUGCAGCAUGGUUGAGUAGUCGUUGGCUCCCAUGGUGGUGUGAUAUGUAGUCUUCUGUGGUAUUGUGUUGCCUAUCAUGCUGCACUCUUUUUCCCUCCAGUGUCCAAGUACAUUUGUGAAGAUCACAUGUAUUCUGCUACAUUGUGAUGUGCACUGCUGCAAUGC